AAAUUAUGGCCCAUAAAUAGCCCAUUUAUAAAUCACCUAAAUCCGUUAAGCUUUUCACUGUGUUUCACUUCAGGUUUAGGGUUUUAUAACACUUUCUUUCUGCCUCCUCUUUCUCCACCUCCUACGUCUCCCAAUCUCCUCAACCAUGGCUGAACAGACUGAGAAGGCAUUUUUGAAGCAGCCCAAGGUGUUUCUAAGCUCAAAGAAAUCUGGGAAGGCCAAGAGGCCUGGAAAGGGUGGCAAUCGCUACUGGAAGAACAUUGGGUUGAAUUACAAGACACCCAGAGAUGCAAUUGAAGGAACAUAUAUUGACAAGAAGUGCCCAUUUACUGGCAACGUUUCUAUCAGAGGUCGUAUUAUUUCUGGAACUUGCCAAAGUGCCAAGAUGGUGAGGACCAUAAUUGUUCGAAGGGACUACCUUCACUUUGUCAAGAAAUAUCAGAGAUAUGAGAAGAGGCACUCGAACAUUCCAGCCCAUAUUUCCCCAUGCUUCCGUGUGAAAGAAGGCGAUUAUGUUACUAUUGGCCAAUGCAGGCCUUUGUCAAAAACAGUGAGGUUCAAUGUGUUGAAAGUCCUCUCUGCUGGCUCUGUUAGUGCUGGGAAGAAGGCAUUUACAGGGAUGUGAAAGUGAUUGAUUGUUAUAGAGAAGGCUGGAGAUAUUGGCUUGGAUUAAAUUUUGUAGUAGCUUGCUCUUUUUUGGUUUUUGUUCUUAACCCUUUUGAUGGAUGCAAGACUUCAGGAUUUGUUUUCUAUUUUAUCGUAAUAUUCAAGAAACUUUUUGCUUGGGUA